CCCGGGUUUUGUCACUUGGGCACCGCUAGGUGUAGACUUGUCCUGCCCUUGCGGCCAUGAAGCAGCCAGCUGCAGCUGUGAAGCGGCCCGCUGCGGCCAUGAAGCGGCCCGCUGCGGCCAUGAAGCGGCCCGCUGCGGCCAUGAAGCGGCCAGCUGCGGCCAUGAAGCUCCCAGCUGCGGCCAUGAAGCGGCCCGCUGCGGCCGUGAAGCGGCCCGCUGCGGCAUUGAAACGCCCGGGUUCCGCCUCGGUGCUCACACUGUCGGUACAAGACAGCCGCGGCGGGGGCUAUCCGGAAGUCAAUAUGUCCAUGGAGAUUGAGAAGGGACUGUGCAUCGAUGACAUCAAGGAUAUGGUAGCACACGCUUUUGGAGGGCCGCCUGAGUUCAUGCAGUUCGUUUGCGAUGGACAAAACCUCUCUGGUGAGGAUCCCCUUCAAAACUUUGCCACGCGAGGGAAAGUUAAUUUAGAUCUCCGACAAGCUCCUGACGCGCCAUCACCCGGAAUUCAAUGGACGGGUGAGAACACCAUGCAGGUUCCUGCUGAUGCCAAUGAGCGCAAGGGAAGCGUUUGGAUGGAAAGUACUGGAACUGGGGCGCUCUCUGCAACCACGGUCUCGGCUGCUGACUAUGCUGCUUUGCUGAAGACACUCCAGGAAGAUGAAGACCUCAUGCGCUUAAGAGAUUCACCAGACGACUACACGACAGAGGUGAAUGAAGUCGUCGCAGAGCGUGCCUGGUGCCGAAUUUUUCGGUAUGAGGACUGCACCAUUGCCCCUGACCCCGAGCAAAGUGUCGAAUACUUCGAUGCCUUAGCGACAGCCACCAGGACAGAGUCUGAGGAGCUGAAGCCGCUGGUAUCAAGUUUGUGUUGCCAGGCAUCUGUGAACUCGGCCAAGGGGGAUGCUUGGUUUCGUGUGCUGGGCGUGGUGAAAUAUGACAACAUCAGCUUUGGCAUCUUGCAGGAGUAUGACGGCGAGGGCUUCUUGAUCGCCCUGCGCGGAGGUGAGCUUAAGACCCGCUUUCUGGUGGAAGUACUGAUGGGCUUCUCUGAUGCUCUGUAUCGAGGGUCUCACAGUAUGUGGAUGGGUGCGCGCUACAAGUUCUUCUCGCACCGCUUCCAAGUUUGGAGCUCGCCGACUCAAGGAGAGCUGGGCCCCAAGGCUUCUAGCUUUCACGCGUCCUUGCAGAAAGCAUUUGGCACGAUGGGCUAUGCCCAGGUAGGCACCAUCGUUGUUCAGCAGCUGGAAAGGGUCAGGGCCGGCUUUGCUGAGAACUCUCCGGCGAAGCUCUUUCAGGAUGCGCGAGAUGCGGCGGGUUGUGGAGAUGCUCCAGCAGGUUGACGCCUCGAAGUUCCAUCAUUCGUUGAGCCAUUGACACCGCGGCGGUUUUUAAGCGGGGUCAGGUUCUUUGCCGAAGGCAUGGCCAAGUGACCCAACUUCAGGGAACGGUGCCUUCAGGAAGACACUUUUCUCUGUGGUC